AUGGAAGUGAAUGAUGCCAGGAAACAGCUCUUCGCACAGAAAUCUAGAAACCUUGAGAACUUUCAUCCAACCCAGGCAGCACUUAAGCAGCACAUCAAGCGCACUUGCUACCAGGCCAUCUGUUGGAACCAGACAUUGACCAAGAAUCCAGAGAUGCCAGAGCCAUCUGACUGGGUCGAUGUUGACCCCUUACCAACUGGUGAUGUUCCUGUUCCCAUAGUAACCGUCGCAUCUACAUCCGUAGGAGAUGUCGAUGAGUGUGAUGUUCAUUCAGACUGGUGUGAUACGACUAAUGGAGUCUGUACGAACUUGCCUGGUUCAUUCAGUUGUUCCUGUACUGCUGGUUAUGAGUUAGACAUGGACGGAAGAACUUGCAAUGAUGUCGAUGAGUGUGGUGUUCAUCUAGACUCGUGUGAUCCGACUAAUGGUGUUUGUACAAACAUGCCUGGUACAUUCAAUUGUUCCUGCACUGCUGGUUAUGUGUUAGACAUGGAUGGAAGAACUUGCAAUGAUGUCGAUGAGUGUGGUUUUCAUCUAGACUCGUGUGAUCCGACUAAUGGUGUUUGUACAAACAUGCCUGGUACAUUCAAUUGUUCCUGCACUGCUGGUUAUGUGUUAGACAUGGAUGGAAGAACUUGCAAUGAUGUCGAUGAGUGUGGUGUUCAUCUAGACUCGUGUGAUCCGACUAAUGGUGUUUGUACAAACAUGCCUGGUACAUUCAAUUGUUCCUGCACUGCUGGUUAUGUGUUAGACAUGGAUGGAAGAACUUGCAAUGAUGUCGAUGAGUGUGGUGUUCAUCUAGACUCGUGUGAUCCGACUAAUGGUGUUUGUACAAACAUGCCUGGUACAUUCAAUUGUUCCUGCACUGCUGGUUAUGUGUUAGACAUGGAUGGAAGAACUUGCAAUGAUGUCGAUGAGUGUGAUGUUCAUUCAGGCUCGUGUGAUACGACUAAUGGAGUUUGUACGAACAUACCAGGUACAUUCAACUGUUCCUGUACUGCUGGUUAUGAGUUGGACAUGGAUGGAAGAACUUGCAAUGAAGGAGUUCUGUGUGGAUCAGUGAUGUGCGUGAAUGGGGGUGAAUGCGGAACGACCGAAGGCAACGUGAAGUGCCAGUGUCCGCAAGGAUACGCAGGAGAAGACUGCGGUACUGAACCUUUAGAAACGCGUUUGGUCAAUGGAAGCGGUGCAUUCGAAGGCAGAGUUGAGGUGUACUACCAGGGAUCUUGGGGUACCGUGUGUGAUGAUCUAUGGAACACGGUAAACUCCAACGUUGUGUGCCGAUCCUUAGGAUAUAUUACAGCAGCUGGCGAUUACGUUACACGCACCAACGUUUUUGGAAAUGGGACGGGGGAUAUUAUCUUGGACAACGUCCAGUGUGUAGGUACUGAAACCAAUAUCGCCUUCUGUCCACAUGUGGGUUACGGGAAUCAUAAUUGUGGACACGAUGAAGAUGUUGGUGUCAUUUGUGCAGAACCUUUAGAAAUCCGUUUGGUCAAUGGAAACGGUGCAUUCGAAGGCAGAGUUGAGGUGUACUACCAGGGAUCUUGGGGUACCGUGUGUGAUGAUCUAUGGAACACUCUAAACUCCAACGUUGUAUGCCGAUCUUUAGGAUAUCCACAAGCUACCGAUUUUUUUAGAAGUGCCGACAAAUUUGAAGAAGGGACGGGGAAUAUCAUCCUGGACAAUGUCGAGUGCGUAGGAAAUGAAACCAAUAUCGCCUUCUGUCGACAUGCGGGUUACAGGAACCACAAUUGUAAACACUAUGAAGAUGUUUGUGUCAUCUGUGCAGAGAACCCCGUAGAUGGCGCAGUGGGUGGAGAUUUGUGUGGAUCUGUGAUCUGUCUCAAUGGGGGUCAAUGUGACAUGACUAAUGAUGCUCCGAUUUGUACAUGCCCUUCCGGAUACGAAGGAGUAGACUGCGUUACAGUCACUACACAAAGCCGGUCCAGUGGAGGACGCGUGAUCUGGCGUUGGAGCUGA